AUGACGUCUUCGUCUUCCUCCUCCCCAGAAAUGCAACCAGCACCGACAGCGGAUACAACAGAACGCUUCACCUACAAGCAUGCUACACAUGAAGAAGUUCUCGAAGAUCUUUCGAGCCGUUUCCUGCUCAACCUGCCCGAAGAGGAGCUCUCUUCUCUUGAGCGGAUAUGUUUCCAGGUGGAGCAAGCCCACUGGUUCUACGAAGAUUUCGUCCGCGAGCAAAAUCCCAAGUUCCCUUCGUUACCGCUCAAGAAAUUCUCCGCAAUGCUUUUCCACGCUUGUCCACUGCUACAUCAGUGGAGCCACGAUCAUGAACAAGCAUUCAACACAUUCAUGCAAUACAAAACAAGAGUUCCUGUGUGCGGUGCCAUAAUGUUGAAUGAAUCCUGGGAGAAGUGCAUUCUUGUCAAGGGUUGGAAAUCAUCUUCAGGCUGGGGCUUUCCUAAGGGAAAGAUAAACGAGCACGAACCCCCGCACGAAUGUGCUAUUCGUGAAGUCCUUGAGGAGACGGGUUACAACCUGGCUGGGAAAAUCAACCCGGCGGACGUUAUAGAAAUGUCUAUUAAGGAACAGUUGAUCUCUUUGUUCAUUGUUCCGGGUAUUCCAGAUGACUUCCCGUUUAAAACUCGCACAAGGAAAGAAAUCAGCAGAAUCGAAUGGUUCAAGCUAACGGAUCUCCCUACAUGGAAACGUAACAAGGCUUCGCCUGGCAAAUUCUAUCUGAUUUCUCCCUUUAUCGCCGUAUGGGACAGUGCUUUGAAGGCUUUCGUCACCGCACGCAAACCUAGUGGGCUGGGCGCAAGGAACAUAAAAGCCACCCCAGAAGCCGCCAUAGAGAGCAGCCCACAAGAAUCUGGCUCAUCAUCCGUGGAUAAUGGUGAACCACACACCCCAUCAUCACAAAGUAGCGAGGGGGCACUUGCCAGCAACAAGCUUUCCAUAGCGGCUCAUCCAUCAGACGACGAUUCACUUUCCCAGCCGGUGGAUCCACACGUUGCUAGGCUUCUAACAUCUUUGUCUCUUUCGGCCAAAAAGACCGACCUCAAGCCAGCGUCCACUGUGCCAGACAUCCGCCGAUCUGUGGAGAUCUCCCCUAGGCUUGCGCACAAUGGCACGCCGCCAGCAACACAUUUGCGCCACACUUCCGCGAAAUUUGUAGAAGCCACCCAUCGAUUCCAACAUUCGGAAACCACCUUAUCAGUUCAUGCCAAUGAUCCACCCUUCUCCAAGCAAGGUAUUCUCCAGGACACUCGCACGUCGAGCGCUGCAGUAGCCCCAGCUACUUCUUCCCUACUAUCGUAUGGUGCUUCUAAUGAAUCAUCGAGUGUGGUCUUGCCUACUUCAUCGGCCCCACCACUGGCUCCAUUGCAGGCUGGUGCUACUAAACAAUUACCCUCUUCUCGUCGAAGUUCAAGCAUUGCUGAUAUUUCACCAUACUUGACAACCCCAACCGAAGUACCAACUUCAGGCAAGAGGUUGAAGCAGCUUGCGCUUCUGGAAUUAGUAGCGGACGAAUCAUCGAAGAUGACGCCUACUCUGGUGUCCCACAUCCCGGGCCGUGUGCUUCUGUCCCGCCUUCAACUACCUAUGAAUCCUUGGGUCAACGCCAGUUCCAGCAUGACUCCAUUGGCGGGGUAUCUGGGUCACUUCUUCCACACUCUCGGGGAAACAAAGCAUCUUCACCUCUCAACCAACUUCAACAUUCCUUACUACCAGAUCCUUUCCACACUCGAUCGCAGUCCAGUCACCUUGACUGCUGCAACCCGGCGUAUGCACCCUGUUUUCAAGCACAUCGAGUUGUGCAUCAGGGCCAACUUCCUCCUUUGUCAGCUGAUUAUUCUCCAUCUGGACGGGCCGAGCGGCGCGCUUCCCAACUUCCCGUGUCCCAACAUUCUUACUCUCUACCUUCAGUGGCUUACGCGCCGCAAUACGCCACGUCAGAGGUUAACGUGCUCCCAGCCGGUUGUCCAUCUCGUGUUUCACGGUCGCCGUUGGCGAUGCAAGCUACGUUUCCUCCGCUCCCUCGUCCACCACCACCUGGUAGCGCCCAGCUGCUGUCCAUCCUAA